AUGGCCGAAAAACACGCAGAAAUUAGACAGAAGGUCAAUGACCUGCUUAUUAGCACAGGAGAACGAGAGCGACUGAGGGACAUGAUUGAGGAACAGUUGAAGAAAAGUGGCUGGAAUGACAAGGUGAAGAUGCACUGCAAGGAAUUCAUAAAGUCCAAAGGUGUGGACAAUGUCUCCGUGGAUGACGUAGUCAUGGGUGUUUCGGCGGCAGCAAGGUCUACUGUUCCGAAGGAGGUGAAGACAGCGACGCUGGAACGACUGAAACAGUUCAUGGCAAAGAAUAACAUCGAAGUUUAG